AUGGCUGCCAGUGUGAUUUGGACCAUAGUCCUGGGGACGAUCCUUUUUCUAGUGGAGUACGACCGCAGCGUCCAAUGCGUUCUGCUGGUGUGGGUCCUCAUCGUAGGCUACUUGGCUAUUUUGAUUCUGUCUAUGGCCAUCGAAAUCUGCGUCUGCGCAGUGGCCAUGCGUGGAAGCAUUCUCGACACAGGAAAAAGGGCUUCGAUGCAGUAUAUCCUCUACCUCAGAUUGAGUGAGUAUUGGGGCCUACGGCUGGCCCGUUUUCAUGGUAGCCAACUCGAUGGGGCUCUGCCAGCUCUGUGCUGGAUUGAGAAUAAAAAUUUGUUGUUUUCAGCUAUGGUUAUUUUCAAUUGGUGUAUUCUGUUAUCUGUCAUCAUAACCGUUUGGUGUACAUACGAUACAGCUGGUCGAUCCUGGGUCAAAAUGAAGCAGUACCAAAGAUCCAUGAGAGAGUCCGAAUCCAAGUUCCAGUACAAACGAUCAGGAAGUACUAGAAAUUGGAGACAAAGAAAGGUCCUGAGAGCUUACCAAGACAGCUGGCAGAACAGAUGUCGCUUCUUGUUCUGUUGUUCUUCGGCCAAUGACAGAAGUAAGAAUUCUUUUACGGACAUAGCUAGGUUGUUAUCGGAUUUUUUUCGGGAUUUGGACGUUGUGCCAUCUGAUGUAAUCGUUGGGCUAGUGUUACUUCGAAAGUUUCAGAAAAUCGAACAGAAAGCAAUUGUAGAUCAGCCAUUGCGACUGAGAAAGCUUAUGAGAAAUAUGCUGGAACUUACCAAUGCCAUAGAUGCAGCAUGUUGCUGCUGCAUCCCUUGCCGGAAACGUACUGAUGGUACCAAGCCCCAGAUAGUCAAGGACAACUGUUGUCAAUGUAAUUACGCGGUUUUAGAGAAACUGACGGAACAGGGUGACAUAGAAAUAGUGUAUGCCACAUACCACGUGGACGUUGGACAAACUCCUUUCUUCGUCGCUUUAGAUGUCUCCAACCCUCUUUCUGUUGUAUAUCAAAGAAGAGUUAUUGUAUUUUUAUGUUGCUGCUGCAUCCCUUGCCGUAAACGAACUGAUGGUACCAAGCCCCAGAUAGUCAAGGACAACUGUUGUCAAUGUAAUUACGCCGUUUUAGAGAAACUGACGGAACAGGGUGACAUAGAAAUAGUGUAUGCCACAUACCACGUGGACGUUGGACAAACUCCUUUCUUCGUCGCUUUAGACUAUGACAGAAANCAGCCUAAUUCCAAGCGACUCUAUCAUACACAUUUUUUUUCAGGUGCUGGGACGGCAAGUAUUUUGGGUAUCCUAUUGAGGGAGAGACAUCCCAGUUUGUUGUGUUAUUGCUACUCUCCCCCCGGGGGGCUUCUCUCUUCCCCUGCUGUGGAGUACACCAAAGAGUUCACAGUGUCAGUGGUGGUGGGAAAAGACGUCGUGCCUCGAAUAGGCCUUCACCAGAUGGAAACACUGAGGACCGAUCUCAUCAAUGCCAUCAAGAGAAGUGUGGACCCGAAAUGGAAGACUAUAGCAUGCAGCGUUCUUUGCUGUGGCUGUUCCCAACCUACGUCAGCUGUUGAACUGUCCACGGGGGAAAAAGAUGUCUGUGAGUAUAUGAGAUGCAAAGAGAACGCUAGGUCUCUUGGAUUACAUACUUCUGAUAGCAGUAUUGCUCUGACCACUCAUCAACCACUGUUUCCACCUGGAAGAAUUGUUCUCAUAGUGAGACACCAUCCAACAACUGGGCAACAAGCUCUCAAGAAGAAGGACCCAGUCUACCAGGCCCUCUGGGCGAGCAACCUAGACUUCGACGAGGUUCUCAUCUCUCCAAGUAUGAUUCAAGAUCAUAUGCCUGACAAAGUCUUGGAAGCUCUGAACAAGGUAUGCCAUACUGUGCACGAUCACCACCUGGAUGCUCAUGUUUACACCAUCGAGGAUGACUUAGUGAAACUAUAUAAAAAAGCGAAUUUGCUACUUCCAUCUGGGGAACAACAAACACUCGACGAUAUCCAUGUUAACAGAAACCACGCAAUUUUCCAGGUUGUAACCACCCUGGGCCCCAAAAAACCCCAACGUUCUUCCUCCACCAGCGAAGCCCCUUCAGGAAACUACGUCUCCGCUACAUCCAUCCCCAACUUUUUUUUGGAAACCAGCUUCACCUCCUUGCAGAGCCCUUCGAGUAACUCGUCUCUCACCAACGGCUACUACUCCACGAGAAGUCAACCCUCUCCCCUCUUUCUCCACCAAGCCCCCCACAAUGGUGUGUGUAUAAAAAACAAUAGUGCGAUUCACAGUCCAGUACUGCGGAGAACCUCCUUAACGAAAGGCAAGCCGUCCCCCAACAUGAGUCUUCGUAGUCCUUCCGAGCCCAAGGUGAUCAUGAAAACCUUCAGCUUGAGUUUGCGGAGUUGCACCAGUCCCAAGGUGGACUUGAUCCACGACGAUUGGCUGGGGUUGGCUCCUUUAGCUAGUCCGGAAAGUUUAUCCGAGCUAUCUAGUAUCAGCUCUCGAGCUAGUUUGGUCACAACAACGAAUGUUAUAGCGGAGGUUAACAGCACUCCAAGGAUUAUGCGUAGAACACCAAAGAUCAUCGGUAACCUCAGCACCUGCGCUGAUGAUAUAAGGAACGUACGAAACUUUCAGAAAGCGAAAAUAUUCACUAGUCUAUUCACCAACAACAAUACGGAGAGUUCCUCCAGCAGCAAUCUCAGCUACGAAUCAGCUUCUAGUAGCAGCAGGUGUUGUGGCGGAAACAGUAAUAUCGGGAGUUAUUCAAGAACGGGAGAGUGUGGGGAAUGUGAACCAAGUGAUAGUGAAUUUCAAUCAGCUGAAGACAUUCUGGACAACGUGCUGGCUAGUGCUGGAUGCAAGGAAUAUUUCAACUCGGAGUCAAACUUUUUGGAGACACAUUUCGAUUUGCUCCAGGAGCAGACAUCGGAGAGUCCUACUGUGGGAUACUUUGGAGUAACAACCACCACAGUUUGUCCAAAAGCCAUGUCACCCUGCUCACCCCACGAUAUAGACCAAGACCUCAUCUCAAAUCUCGCUAUAGAUCUCAACCUCGAAGAACACCACCGCGCUAUCCACUUCCACAAACCGGCGAGCAGCACUCAGAGCCAGCCUUCGAGCAGCGUUGACUCGGGCAGCAUGUGCCGCACCCCAUCGGACAUAACGAAAAACGUCACGUUCAACCCUCAAGUGAUAGCCGUCGAUCCCUACCCGUGUGAGCCUCGGUUCUCGCCCCCCAGGUGGCGCCAUUUAUUUCGCAGUAAAACAAACAAACAAAAAGUGGAGCCACCGCUUCCGGUAAUGAGCACGAGUAGUUCUAGUGUUCCUAUCAAGACGAUUCUGUCCCAGAAGAGGCGCAGUGAGGAUGGUGAGGAGUGCUUUGCUAGGACAGAAGCUCUGCCCCUGCUCAGUGGUUUGAGUAACAGUGUUAGUGAGAGGACGCCUAGUCCAAGUUUCGUGCGGAGGAAGAAGUACGUGUAUCCCUCGGAUGUUGUGGUUAGGGCGACGCAACAGCCGCCUAACGAGAGCGCUGUUUAAGUUUGGUUGUUUAGGAAUAAAUGACAAUUUGCAGAAAUGAUAGAAAGUAAAAUGCGUAUACACUGGUGAAGCACCGCGUACGUGUAGAAUUUUUAUAUGAAUCAUACGACCAAUAUAAUCUACUCGAUUUCAUUUACAGUAUGGUCAAUGAUCUUUACACAUGCGUCAAUCAAGUUUUGCAUUCGAAAUAGGUCGACCAAGUGUUAAAG